AUGCGAGGGUGCUUGUGGAGAUUCAUGGGAGUCAUGGCAUCCUUAGUCAUCCUGAGAUUCUUUAUUCAAGAGAAUAAAGCAGCCGGUGUAAAGCAUAACACAACACUGAAUGAAAAGAAGAAAAUGAUACAGCAGAUAACUCAGGAGCAAAUCAUCUCUGAAAUGAAGAAUCAUCUGAAAUACUUCACAAAGAUGCAGAAAAAUCCCCUUGUACUCCCAAAUGCCAACUACACACUUCUGGCUGGAACAUCUCUCCAGGGAAAGUGGAUGUUGACAGUGGGGAUCUCCUCAGUGCAGCGUACCCAUGGGAGUUACCUGUUGGAUACCCUGAAGUCCCUGUUCCAAGCUUCCUCAGAACUGGACCUGGAAUAUAUGCUGGUAUUGGUCCUCCUGUCAGACACUGACCCCAAAUGGCUCAACCAAACAGUUGCCAACAUUUCAGGUCUCUUCUUGCCACACAUUGAAUCCGGGAGGCUGGCGGUGGUCCAUGGUCUGCUUUGGGACUCCCUAGCAAAGAGCAGAAAUGGUACCUCACCCUGUGGGGAACUUUAUUCUAGGCAGAAAACAAGUUUUGUCCUCCUCAUGAAUUUUGCCAGCAACCUCUCUGACUACUUUCUGUUGCUAGAAGAUAAUGUGAGGUGUUCCCCCAGGUUUGUGUCUGACAUCUACUGGGCAGUGUCAGCCUGGAAAGAGCUCCCUUGGGUGACCCUAGACUUCUCUAGCAUGAAGACCUCUGGAAAGGUUUUCCACAGCAGGGACCUGUCCCGCCUGGCCUCCUUCUUACUACUCUUCCCUAAGGACAUUCCCACUCACUUGCUUCUCUCUGAAUUCAGUCUUCUCUUGUCUCAAAAUGUUCCGAUUCACUUCAGUUCCUCCAUCUUCUACCCCUUGGGCAGUCACUCGGAGGCUGAAGACACAUGCUUCCCUGUGGCACAAGACACGGACUUAGGAGAACCAGACAACCCUAUGGCUACUGUCUUCACAGACAUGCUCUCUUUUUGGGAUACACUUCCACAAUUUGCCUACAUUCUUAAUGAUGACAGCUUAUGGGUCGUUAACCCUAUAGAAGGUAACUACUUGCUGGUGGUUCUGGACAAGCCACAGAAAGUCAUCCGGGUAGCAGUGCUGACAGGCUUUUCUCAGAAAAGGAUGAACUACUUAAAACAGGCACAAAUAUUACUGGGCUAUAGCGUCAUGGACUACCCCAAACGCUGCGCUCAAUAUACCUUGGUAGGACCUUUGGUGAGAGGGCAGUUGGACCAGAUGGUAUUUUAUGAAGAAGAUUCUGUGAAGGAGAUUAGUUGUAUAAAACUGCUGGUGACAGUAUCUCAUGACUCCCCCAUCAAGAUCCAACAGAUCAAAGUCUGGGCAGAAGUGGAGGAAGAGGAGAAUUAGAG